CAUCCCCAAAGUCCAUGACCCGACGAAAAGCGGCAAAAGCCUCAGCACCACCUUCUCUUGGAUCGCCGACGCUAUGAGCGACUCUCGCGAAGAAUCUCCCGACUGGUUACGAGCUUUCCAGGCACCAAGUCAAGGUUUCGUGAUACUAUCUUCGGCAUCGGACUCUUCCCCAGAAAGUAGCCCAGCAAGGUCCGAUCAUAUCCAUCGCGAAGUACCAGAGAAACGUCAAAAAGAACAGCAUACGAUUCUAAUAUACAGUGGAGAAGAAAGCCCGGCCAUCAAGGGAAAAAAACAGAAGACUGUAAAAACUAAAACUAAUCAAAAGCUAAAAGAAGACACCUUGGAUGUGCAAGACGAGGGACCGUCUGAGGAAGAUAUCAGGGAGAAACCUGCUGGACCUACUAUCUCCUCAAGGUUGCCUCUAGUGUUCCCAGACAAAGUUCAACGUUCAAAGGUACUGGUUGAAUGUGAUGGGGAUUCCAUAGACUUAAGUGGGGAUGUGGGUGCUGUUGGGCGAAUAGUAAUAUCAAAUGCUUCUGCUGGAAACCAGGAAAUGCUCUUAGACCUAAAAGGGACCUUAUAUAAAUCAACAAUAGUUCCUUCGAGGACAUUUUGCAUCGUUGGUGUCGGACAGUCAGAAGCAAAGAUAGAAGCUAUCAUGAAUGAUUUUAUCCAAUUGGAGCCUCAGUCUAAUGUGUUUGAAGCUGAAACAAUGAUUGAAGGAACACUUGAUGGAUUUUCGUUUGAUUCUGAAGAGGAGGCAGAUAGGUUGCCUAAAUCUUCUGCUCAUCAAAGUGAUCGAAGCAAUGAAAAUGGGGUCCAACUAGAUAUGAAGACCAAAGGAAAAGUUGAGAAGUCAUCGGGUUCGGUGCGAAAGGCAAAAGGUACUGCAAGGUCAUCCAAGAAAGCAGCAAGGAAGCCUCAAGUUGCAAAGAAAACAAAGAAGAAGAAAUGAGAUGAUCGCCUGCUUAAUAUAUCCUUGUAUCUUUGUACCGGAUCAUUUCAACACUAGUUAUUGUUAAUUAGGAAAUAGGAAAGAGAAAAGAGUGGGAGGGGUAGAGGGUGGUGGCAGUGGCCGCAGGGGCAUUCGUCUUUCUUUUCUGUCAUUUAUUUUCUUCGCCUUUUUUUUUUUUUGAGCAAAGCACUAUCCAGCAUUUCAUUUGUGUUAUUGACUUUUACACCAAUAACAAUUAUUAAACAACUCUAUAUUAUUA